AAAGAAAACAAUCUCCAAGGGGUAAAAGACCUGCUGAAGACACGGUCCAACGUUAACGAAGCGGACGAUUCCGGCUGGACGGCCCUGAUGGUGGCCUCGCAGUACUGUCAUUUGGGUGUCGUGAAAGUUUUACUCAGGGCGGGCGCCGCCAUCGACGCGGUGAACGCCCGAAACUGCACCGCCCUGAUGAUAGCGUCGUGGUACGCCCGGGUUGAUGUCGUCGAGUACUUGCUGAGACGGGGGGCCAAGGUGAGCACGAAGGACAGCGAGGGCUGCAACGCUUUGAUGGCGGCCUCGGUGAAAGGUGACGCCAACAUCCCCAGGCUUUUACUCGAGAAAGGCGUGGACGUCAACGAGGCAGACGACGCCGGACUGAACCCCCUGAUCAUAGCCUCGCGUCACGGCAACGAGAAAGUCGUGGAGUUGUAUUUGAGGAAAAACGCGGAUGUCAAUUUGCGCUGCAGGACGGGUGAGAACAGCCUGCUGUUUGCCGCUGCUAACGGUUACACAAAAAUAGUCGACAUGUUGAUUAAAAAAAAGGCGAACAUCGAUGUAACGAAUCAAAACAGUUCUUCGGCGUUGAUACUCGCAACUCGAAACCGGCAUCACGAGACCGUGAACGCUCUGUUAGCUCACAAUGCGGUUGUGAAUCAAAGCGAAGGCGACGGUACAACAGCUCUUCUCGAAUCAGCAGAGACUGGUCAGACGGGUAUUGUGGAGUCGUUGUUACGAUUCCAAGCCUCGGUUGAUCACCGAAACUCUGCUGGUCGGACAGCUUUGAUGCUCGCCGCCCGUAAGGGCCACGUGAAGACUGUUAAACUCCUGCUGAAAGAGAAUGCCGAUUGCGAACUGAUUGAUAAUGCAGGCUACAACGCGCUCAUAUUUGCGUCAGAUGCUGGCUGGAGAGAAAUUGUGAAGAUUCUUUUGUUCCGGGGAGCCAGCAUCAACGCCAUGAACAACGUCGGGUGGACAGCGCUCAUGUUCGCUGCUCGAAACGGACACGUCGGCACAGUGAAACUCCUUGUCAGAUGCGGAGCGGACGUGUUUAUCACCAACAGGACGGGAUCGACGGCGCUGAUGGUAGCAUCUCAGAUCGAUAAGCCGUCGUCCGUGAAAUUGUUGAUAGACGUGGGUAAUAACGUCCAGGAAGCCAAUGCCGAAGGCUGGACGUCGCUCUGCAUGGCCGCAGAGAAAGGUUUAGUGGACAACGCCAGUCUGUUAAUCGCCAGUCGCGCCAACGUGAACUACGUCAGCAGAAAAGGGUGGACUGCCCUAAAGGUGGCAUGUCAGAAUGGCCACACCAACAUGGUGAAGCUGUUGCUUAAAAACGGGGCAGAUGUCAACAAAUCGACCUCCAGCGAUGUCACAGCUCUAAUGCUGGCGGCCAGAAAAGGGCACCUCACUACGGCGGACCUGCUUCUACGACACGGGGCUGACAUCAAUUUCAUCAACGCCAAACAAGAAACGGCGUUAACACUUGCAGCCCAAGCGGGACACGCUCAAGUUGUUGGAGCGAUUCUGGCGUUCGGCAAAACCCAGGGUCCAAAUUUUUACUGUACGGGUAAACGCCGCGGACUUCUGCUCGCGUCCUGCAACGGACACCAUGACGUGGUCGACGUCCUCUGCCACGAUGGCUGCGACGUCAACUUCAUAAACAAGGACGGCCACAGCCCACUGAUCCUGGCCUCAGCCCUGGGACACCAACGGGUUGUUGAGACUUUGGUUUAUCACAGGUGUCACGUCGACGUGAUGGUGACCAAAAAUGGAAGCGUCGUGGUGGCAGACAGUCCGACAGAAGCAAUGCGAAAUUCUAUCGAUUCAGACCAGCUCGUCUCAACCACGCCCUUGCACAUCGCUACAUACUUCGGGAAGGAGGAGUGCGUCCAGGCCUUGAUUGGCGGCGGGGCGGAUGCCAACAAAGGAAACGGUUACGGCACGACGCCGUUAAUGAUAGCCGAGAACCGAGAGAGACCUCACAUCGCCAAGCUGUUAAAAGAAGCCGGUGCCAGG